AUGAUUACCAAUGAUCAAGCUCAGUCGAUCUGUCCUGCGCGAACAUCUGACUGCACGAAAUUCUUGCAAGUAAAAUCAUACCAUACCAGUAUUAAACUGCAGAAAUCAUCUACUGCCGCAAUUACAGUCAAAAGAUGUCCUCCGCUCGGAAUUUUUCAGAAGCGUCAUAUAACAUCACCUGCAUCGACUUUAGAGUCGAGCGACGAUUUCCUCUCUGGUAGCGCAGCAUCGUACAUUGAUGAAAUGUAUCUGGCUUGGAAAAAUGAACCUAAGAGUGUACAUAUUUCUUGGCAAAUAUACUUCAAAAAUAUUGAGACGGGCAGUAUGCCGAUAUCACAAGCUUUCACGCCUCCUCCAACCAUAGUUCCUACACCAACAGGGGGUGUCCCAAGCUUCUUGCCCGGAACAGGUGUAGGUAUAGGUCAUGAUUCUGACGUUACCAAUCACCUCAAAGUUCAACUUCUAGUACGUGCCUAUCAAGCACGCGGUCACCAUAAAGCCAAAAUUGAUCCACUAGGAAUCAGGCGGGAAGCUGGGGAAUUUGGCUACAGUAACCCCAAAGAGCUUCGCCUCGAACGCUAUAAUUUUUCCGAAAAGGACCUUGAUACCGAAUAUAACCUUGGCCCUGGUAUACUACCCCGCUUUAAGAAGGAUGGACGUGAGAAAAUGACUCUAAGGAACAUUAUUGAGGCAUGUGAACGCAUCUAUUGCGGCUCAUAUGGAAUCGAGUACAUUCACAUCCCGGAUCGCGAACAAUGUGACUGGCUACGAGAGCGUGUCGAAGUAGAACAGCCGUUCAAGUAUUCAAUCGAUGAAAAACGUCGCAUACUGGAUCGACUAAUCUGGAGCUCAAGCUUUGAGAGUUUUUUGGCAACAAAAUACCCCAAUGAUAAACGUUUUGGUCUAGAAGGUUGUGAGACUCUUGUUCCUGGGAUGAAGGCCUUGAUUGACCGUAGUGUGGAUUUUGGUGUAAAGGAUAUCGUUAUUGGUAUGUCCCACCGUGGGCGACUGAAUGUCCUCAGUAAUGUUGUCCGGAAACCAAACGAGUCGAUUUUUAGUGAGUUUGGCGGGACUGCCACUGCUGGUGAUGAGGGCUCCGGUGAUGUUAAGUACCAUCUGGGAAUGAACUUCGAAAGGCCUACUCCUUCUGGAAAACGCGUCCAACUUUCACUUGUGGCCAACCCCUCCCAUUUAGAGGCUGAGGACCCUGUAGUCCUCGGGAAGACUAGAGCAAUUCAGCACUACAACAAUGAUGAGGUAACCCACAACACUGCUAUGGGCGUUCUUCUUCAUGGUGAUGCUGCAUUCGCCGCACAAGGUGUCGUAUACGAGUGUCUAGGAUUUCACUCGCUUCCAGCGUACUCAACUGGCGGCACAAUUCAUCUGGUAGUUAACAAUCAGAUAGGUUUUACAACUGACCCAAGGUUUGCGCGAUCUACCGCUUACUGCACAGAUAUUGCUAAAUCAAUUGACGCACCUAUCUUUCAUGUAAACGCUGAUGAUGUUGAAGCUGUUAAUUUUGUCUGCCAGCUGGCUGCUGACUGGCGCGCUAAAUUCCGCAAAGAUGUUGUAAUUGAUCUUGUCUGUUACCGGAAACAUGGACACAACGAGACCGAUCAGCCCUCUUUUACUCAACCCCUCAUGUACAAGCGAAUACAAUCUCACAAGUCUCAGAUUGAAAUAUACAUUAAUCAACUUUUGAAAGAUGGAAGCUUUACUAAAGCUGACAUCGAGGAACAUCAAAAAUGGGUCUGGCAUACGCUGGAGGAAAGCUUUGCAAAGAGUAAAGAUUACUCGCCUACUUCAAAGGAAUGGACCACGUCUGCAUGGAACGGUUUCAAGUCGCCGAAAGAACUUGCUACAGAAGUACUUCCCCAUAAUCCUACUGGGGUUCCACAUCAUACCUUAAAACAUAUAGGCGAAACGAUCGGUUCAUACCCCGAAAACUUCAAUGUGCACCGAAAUCUAAAACGAACUCUUGCAAAUAGAAUUAAGACCGUGACUGAAGGCACUAAUAUUGAUUGGUCAACAGCCGAAGCUCUCGCCUUUGGAUCACUAGUGACUGAAGGACAUCAUGUCCGGGUUUCAGGUCAAGACGUGGAGCGAGGCACUUUCUCUCAAAGGCAUGCAGUCUUUCAUGAUCAAGAAGACGAAAAAACAUACACACCUCUACAACACAUUAGUAAGGAUCAAGGGAAAUUUGUUAUCUCCAAUUCCUCUCUUAGCGAAUUUGGUGCUCUUGGCUUCGAAUAUGGAUACUCACUCUCAUCACCCAAUGCGCUUGUAAUGUGGGAGGCCCAGUUUGGUGAUUUCGCUAAUAAUGCUCAAUGUAUUUUUGACCAGUUUAUCGCCUCUGGAGAAGUAAAAUGGAUGCAGAGAUCAGGUCUAGUUAUUUCCCUUCCUCACGGAUAUGAUGGUCAAGGGCCUGAGCAUUCUUCAGGCCGCAUGGAAAGAUACCUUCAACUUUGUAAUGAAGAUCCACGUAUCUUCCCGUCGCUGAAAAAAAUAGAGCGACAGCACCAAGAUUGUAACAUGCAAAUCGCAUAUAUGACCACACCCUCAAACUUAUUCCAUAUCCUCAGGAGACAAAUGAAUAGACAAUUCAGGAAACCUCUGAUAAUUUUCUUUUCCAAAUCUCUUCUGCGACAUCCAUUAGUCCGAUCACCCAUUGAAGAAUUUACUGGUAACUCUCAAUUCAAAUGGAUUAUUCCAGAUUCAGAACAUGGCAAAUCAAUAGAUGAUCAUGCUAAAAUUGACCGCAUUAUUCUUUGUACUGGGCAAGUUUAUGUUGCGCUUCACAAGUUUCGUGCAGAUAACAACAUUAAAAACACUGCCAUUACACGUAUUGAACAGUUGAAUCCAUUCCCAUGGCAACAAUUAAAGGAGAAUCUUGACAGCUAUCCGAAUGCUAAGACAAUAGUUUGGUGCCAAGAGGAACCAUUAAACGGCGGUGCAUGGAGCUUCACACAACCCCGAAUUGAAACACUGUUAAACCAAACAGUAAACCAUGAUCACAAGCACGUGAUGUACGCAGGCCGUAACCCAAGCGCUAGUGUAGCCACAGGUAUAAAAGGAAACCAUACCAAAGAAGAAAAGGAAUUAUUGGAAACUGCCUUUCAGGUAACUCAAGAUAAGCUUAAGGGAGAAUAG